AUGUCAAGCACUCAGAAUGGAAUGCAGUCACAAGGCGAUACAAACAGCAUAGUUCCCAGUGGUUUCAUAUUGGACGACCUCGCUUCUUACGCUGCCUCGCUGCCUAAUGUCGAAUUGGGCAUUUGUCUUAUCUACGUUUUAUUGGCCAUUAUCACUUGGUAUAUUGCCAUCAACCAUUUUAAAUGGCAAAUCAGCAAUGGCAAGAAUGCCUAUUUCUACAGGCCAUGUCCAUGCUUUAAAUCCUUAAGUGACACUAUGAUUACUAAGUUGGAAUAUAUACUUAUUGUAAUCUUCAGGAUAAUUUCUACCUUCAUGUGCUAUAUAAUUUAUAUCCAUCUCCGGGCAAAGUGCACAAGGAUCGAGGACUGUGCUGUAGUAUUGCUUGUUCCUUUUGUUAGCUUUAAUGUAGCUUUGUGGCUAAUGUUUAUUAACUUUAUUAUAAUCGGAUUAUAUGCUUUCUUAAGAUUCAUAGUCAAGAUUAGCUUUCCCAUGGUCGGCUUUUGGGCAUGCACGGUAUUGGAGAUGACAGCUGUAAUCAUGGAAUGGAUAUUUGGAGCACAUGGGUAUUCGAAUCUUUAUAUGAAGUGGGGUGUGAUUGAUGAGGGUGUUAUUGGAACUCUAUAUUUGAUUUACCUUAUGAAACUGCCUGGUAUUAUCAAAGGCUCUCGUACUGCUGGGGAUAUGAAUGUUAGCCCAAGUAAAACUGAACAUGGUGUUUCCAUGCAGCCUAUUAGAAACCCUAAUCCUGAACAGCAGCCUUUUCUAGAACACAGUAUCAAUGUGACUGGUAGUAUCAGUAGUAAUGUCAAGGUUGGUGGGAAUAGCAAGCAACAGGAUAGAACAAAAGGUGAUACUUGCAGUCAGGCUAGCAUAGCAGUCGAAGCAGAGGUUCAUGUGAAUAAAUCAAGCGAAAAUCUCAAAACCGAUGCAAAAAGUUCAAAUCCAGGCGCAUUCACCAAUCCCAACAAUCAGUCAACGCGUAAAGUUCGUUUUGCAUCUCAAAGUCAGGACUUUAUUCAUAGUAAACCUUUGAAUAAAUAA